AUGCACAAAUCCGACCCUGGCUUUAACCAUGCCAAUCAUUUGGGAUCAGCCAAUCAGAUAUCUCCAUUCGACCCACUUCAACCUAUGACCCCUCAGGGCACGCUUGCCACGCACCAACCGCGUGCUCCAGGCACGUGCCUAGAGCUAGUUAAUUGUCCCAAGCUCGAGAUGAUUAUUGAUCUCGGGUCCAAGCGCCACGCGGAGUCCAAUGUGCAAGCACAAGAGAAGUUCAGCGCGAGCAUGGAGGCGAAGGUUGAAAUUAUGAAGGAUCAGAUUGGUCUUCCUAAAUCUAGACAGCGACUUCAACAAGAGCAAACACUCCACACAAUGCUGAACGAGCUCUCUGCUGUCACGCCUACAUCCUCAGAUCAUGCAGCGUUUCUGAAAUCGCGGUUAUCCAUCCUGUUGCGACGUUUGAACGAGCUGGCGGACACUACGGUGCUACCACAAUCGCAACGAGAGGACGCAUCAGCCACAUAUGUCUCAGUGGGGCAGAGUACAACAAUCUCUCCUUCUAUGGCAGGCACCAUUGCAAUAUCGGACCUGGACAUCCAGAUAAACAGCUAG